AUGCUCGACACUCGGGGCAUCAUAAUUACGUGGAAUUCUGGCGCUGCAAUUUUGAAGGGAUAUUCCCCAUCCGAAAUCAUCGGCAAGCACUUUUCUAUUCUAUAUGGUCCUGAAGACCGUGAUAUUGAACUACCAAGUAGGGGUUUGGCACGGGCUCUACAGGAUGGUCGGAUGGAAGAUGAAGGCUGGCGGCAUCGACAAGAUGGAUCGCGUUUCUGGGCCAACGUGAUGAUCACGCCUAUUUAUCAGUUUGGCCGUCACGUCGGCUUUGCCAAGGUCACGCGCGACCUCACGGAGCGAAAGGCUGCCGAGGCACGCAUGGUGGUAGCCUUCGAGGAGCUUGCGCUCGCGAUGAUGAGGGAUACCGAACUUACCGGCCGGCAACUUGAAUACGCUUCGAUUAUGGAGGACUCAACGUCGAUCUUGCUCCAGGCCAUUAAUGAUAUCCUGGACUACUCGAAGCUAUCAUCUGGAUCUUUCUCUCUUCACUCUGACGUUGUGGAUAUCAAGAGCAUUCUUGAUGCUGUCGUUAUGCAUGGUGACCCAUUACGGUAUCGUCAGGUAGUUCAGAAUAUGCUCGGAAACGCCGUGAAAUUUACGGGGUCUGGCAGUAUUCGACUGGCUACUACUUUCUCUCCCGUCAAAUCGGAUCCCCAGGUCUACAUUAUCACAACAGAGUUUGCAGACUCUGGAGUUGGAAUUCCUGAUAGUUCUCUCAAUACUCUCUUCACACCUUUUACGCGAUUUGCCGAUGCUAUAGCCCAACAGUACCAGGGCACUGAUCUUGGUCUUUCGAUUUGCAAGAGUUUAGCGGAGCUUAGGGACGGCACAGUGGGCUAUAUGCCUGGUCCACAGCGCAAAGGCAGUGUGUUAUGGUUCACAGCCAGAAUGGGUCGCACAUACAUUGGCGAUCCAAAUAAGCUACCUGCCACGCCUACGACUGAUAAAUCCAGGGACCUCCUCAACAAAGUCAGAGAAAUUGCGCCGCGCAAGCAUUUGUUACUUGUCGAGGAUAAUCUUAUCAACUAUAUGGUGAUGCUCAAGCUUCUUCAAAGCUUUGGUUUUGAGCGCAUUGAUGUGGCCUGGGACGGGAAGGAGGCCGUUCGACAAGUCAAGGAAAUGCCUUUGUCAUUCAAUUUUGUUCUCAUAGACAUCAGUAUGCCGGUGCUCAAUGGGUUGGAAGCGACUUCACAGAUAAGAGGCAAGGGCAUUGACGUGCCUAUCGUUGCCCUUACGGCGAAUGCGUUAACGAGCGAUAUGGAGAUGUACCUCGCUAAGGGGAUGAAAGAUUAUAUCGGAAAACCAAUCCACCGCGACCAGUUAUUGCAGGUUCUCUGGAAAUGGAUGGGGACUUGA